CAGUGGACAGUAAGCAGUAUGGAGAAAGGUAGCUAGCCACCUCGCUAGUAAGCUAGCAAGUAGACAAUGUUUACAGACUACGAAGCAACACGCAAACUGGACAAAUGCCUCCAUUCCUUCAAACCUAAGGAACUUAACUUAUAAGUGCAGCAGUCAUGGACAUGCUCAAUAAACUGACGAAUUUGUUUCAACAGGCGUUGGAAACAAGGGAGCCAUCAGUGAAUUUACUGGAAUCCUUUGUGGACCACUGGAAAGGGAUUACAAAUUACUACAUCGAAACUACAGAUGAGUCCCGUCCAGUCAAGCAGACCGACAUCCCUUGGAGGUUAAAACAGAUGCUGGACAUCUUAGUGUUUGAGGAGCAGCAGCAACAGGUUGAGGAUACUGGCCCAUGUCUGGAGUAUCUGCUGCAGCACAAGAUACUUGAGACUCUCUGCACUUUGGGAAAAGCGCAGUACCCUCCGGGCAUGAGUCAGCAGGUCCUGCUCUUCUUCUCCAAAGUGCUCUCCCAGGUCCAGAAGCCCCUGCUCCACAUCAUCAAUGCCUACCGGCCAGUUCUAAAGUUGAUCCGACUCUGUGGACUGCCAAAUGCACAGACUGAGAAGGAGGAGGCGCUGUUUCUGUUUUCUGUUUGCACCAGAGUGAAGAAAGACCCAUAUGUUCUCAACUACAUCUUAGAGGUAAAUACAGAAGCCUGCAAAUCCCAGUCCAGGUCCAGCUCUACCUCUGAUGAAUCUGCUGCUGCUGCUGAUGCAGGGGUGGGAGUCAAUGAGGGACGUGCUGGAGCCACCGGCCCGGAAAAUGCAGCCUCUCCUCCCAGCCCCUCAUCCCCCGUCCCCCCUGCCCUCCCAGACCAGAGAGGGGCUCCCUCUGCCUCUGCCUCUCCUUCUGCUUCUGCUUCAGCUGCUCCGGGUCCCCAAGGUACCUCUGGGCUGAUCCAUGUCCUCAUGCACCUCAGCAAGAGCCAGAAGAGCCGAACCAGGCUGAGGGCUCUGGAGAGCGUGCUGCUGCUGGCGGCCCUGCCUGGGGAGGACAGCGGGGCGCUGCUGGCCUCACGCUCCCCUCUGUGUGAGCUGCUGGCCCAGAGGCUCUGUGAGCUCUACUCCCUCAUCCCCUCCACUCUGGACCCCGCAGAUGUGCUGGGCUUUCCUCUCACAGGCUGGAGGGAUCAGUUCCCCCAAACCAGUGAGGAGGAGGAAAGACCAUCUUUCCCUGGGAGUGACCAGCUGACUGGCUUCCUCUGCUGGCUGGAUUACUGCCAGCAGCUUCUUACCCACGCACCCAAGAUCCUAACUGUGAAGUUGGCCAAAGAGAUUCACCGUCAGUGGCUUACGGGACUCCUGCAGCCUCAGCUCCUGCAGAUGUCCGAGUCUGGGAUCCUGCUGCACACGGCCCUGCUCUCCUGUUCUGUCCGGUCCAUAGACUCUCCCGCUCUGCUGGCUGAGCUGGUGGUGUUCUUGCUGGGCAGCGCCACACACCCAGAGCGGCACGCAGACACCCACACAGACACCCGCCUCACCCUGCGCUACAAGCUCAUCCAGCACUGCGACCACUUAUCUGAUGAGAUCAGUGUAGCGACGCUGCGCUUGUUUGAGGAGCUCCUGCAGAAGCCUGACCGGAACAUUGUGGCCAAUCUGGUGCUGCGGAACCUUGGCCAGCGUGGCUAUGCGGCGCCCACUGCGUUUGGCUACGCGGGAGAGGAGAGGCAUGUAGCUGACACACUGGAUGAGUCUGAGGAGCUUGAGGAGGAUCCCUUCUUCUCAGACAUGUACGCAGACGGUGAGUUUGGGGACGCUGAGCCUCUGCUCACUCUGCCCAAUCGGCAGGAGGAGCCCCGUCCCCCCACACAAACACAGGUGGCCGAGACCGUCAACAGUUUCCUGUGUUUAGUUCCCCAAGAGGCCAAAUCCUCUCAGCAUGUACAGGGAGCAGGAUAUGACACAUACGUCCACGAUGCACACAAGAUGUUGAAAGACUGCACAGCGUUGUCUCUGGACUGGGGUUGGCCAGACGCUGCUGUAGACAACCCCUCCCCCUGUUCAGAGUUCUACGAAGGACACUUCCUCCAAGUGCUGUUUGACAGAAUUGCCAGAAUACUUGAACAGCCGUAUGACCUGAAUCUGCAGGUGACCUCUGUGUUGUCCAAGUUAGCGGUGUUUCCCCACCCCCAUCUGCACGAGUACCUGUUGGACCCCUACAUCAGCCUGAGCCCGGGAGCUCGCUCGCUCUUCUCCACUCUGGUCAGGGUAAUUGGAGAGCUGAUGCAGAGAAUCCAGCAUAUCCCCAACUUCACAGACAAACUGGUCCAAGUGAGGAAAGAGCUGAUGGGCCUUGAAGACGAGACCAUGGUGGAGCACGUGACACUUCUGAGGGGCGUGAUUGUCCUGGAGGAGUUCUGCAAGGAGCUGGCAGCCAUUGCUUUUGUCAAACUUCCCAUGGAAGAGCAGUGACGCUACGCUACUCUAUGCUACAGUGCAGUGCGCUAACCAGAUGGACUCCACAUGGCUGGAUUCCUCAAACCCACAGGAUCACACUAGAUCCAGAGAAGACGGGAGAUUUCUGUGCCUUGAAGGCAGGAUGGCUGUUAUGGUACUUCGAUGAAAGACGAGUAAAAGUGGCUUUGCCAGACCUCCUAUGAUCUAUGACCUCUGUGUCAACGUACAAGGACAAAGGUACAGGUUUAGGGCAACCUAACCUUCGACAUGACAUUGCACAGCUUUUAAGAUGCACAGGACAUUAGUGGCGAUCUCACCCUCCACAAGGCAAAGGCAUACCAUAGGUGCCUCUCAUGCAGCGUUUAUACGUCCUCCCUCGAUCCUCAAUCCUCACUGAUCUACAUAAAGAA